GGUCGCAGAGAAAUGGCGGCUACGGCUUGUGCGACGAGCGACGAUGUCGUGUCCAUGUUGGACGUCUUGCAGGAGGAUGCCGUUCUCGAGGACGAAGCCAACGCGGUGCUCGGAGCCAGUGACGACAAGCAGUGCACCUACAAUGAAGGUUAUGUAAAACGGCAAGCGCUCUACGCUUGUGCUACAUGCAGUGAAGGCAAGGAUACUGUUGCUGGUAUCUGUCUAGCAUGCAGUCUUCACUGCCAUGACGAUCACAACUUAUUCGAACUCUACACAAAGAGGAAUUUUCAAUGUGACUGUGGAAACUCAAAAUUCUCAGUCUCAAAGUGCACUCUGAUUCCAGUGAAAGAUGCCGUCAAUCCAUCCAACAAGUACAAUGACAACUUCAAAGGGCUCUAUUGUACAUGCAAGAGACCAUAUCCCGAUCCCGAUGCCGAAGAAGAAGAAGAGAUGAUACAAUGUAUUGUAUGCGAAGACUGGUACCACUCCCACCACUUGAAGGGCACCAUUCCCGACUGUGAAGACUAUCACGAGAUGGUCUGUCAUCUGUGCAUGGACUCUCUACCCUUUCUGUACGCGUAUCUUAAUCCACUGCGACUGAACGCUCUAAUUGCUGCUGCUGACAAGAGAGAGAACGCUAAACCAGAUGGACGCAAUACGUCUCAAAAUGAAACAAAAGUGGAAUCAUUGUUAAAGGAAGACGACAGAGUGGACGUAGAAACAGUCGAUGAAGUACUGGCAGCGAAGAGGCCGAGGCUUGACGAUAGGGACGUGCGGGAAAAGCGAGAUAUUGAAAGCACGGGAAUGUCCGACAGUACGGUUGAAAAUGGGGGAGAUGUGCCUCGUGUCGGUAGUCAAAAACCUAGUUGCAAACUUUCGUUCCAUUGGACAACGGUCGGGGAACAGAAACUCGGACAAGCCGCUUUCUUUGACGAAGGCUGGCGUUGCACACUCUGUCGUUGCACCGAGUGCAAGGGACUGUAUGAAAAGCAUGGUCUGGGGUUCCUUUUCGAUGAGGACGACCCCGUUGCGGUCUACGAGUCCCGAGGCAAACUGAGCAGCGAGACUUCGUCUACUCUCGACCGAGGUAUUCAAGCACUCGAGGGUUCGCUAAACCGAACGCAGCAAGUAGAGAUGUUGACCCAUUUCAAUGAUCUGAAGACGGAAUUGAAUCAAUAUUUGAGGCAGUUUGCCGACGAAAACAAGGUAGUGACAACUGAAGACAUCCAGGAGUUCUUCCAGCACAUGGAGCAACGACGACGAGAACGUGCGGCGAGUGGUGUACCACCGCGAUACUGCGGGAAGUGACAAUUAACGGUGUGAUUACGGGUUAGAGACAGCAUGUUAGGAUUUUGAUAGCAAACAGUUAGGGAGUGUAUUGGAUAGUUGGGAUUGUAUUGCCGCUGGUUCAUGAGUUCAGGUAGUGUACAUGGGUAAUAUACCCAGCUGAAAUAGUUAACCUACUCAGUUAACUGGCCAACUAGUUCUGUCCGGUAAGUUGUUAAUAUCAAUCAAAUUUACAAAAAAUUAA